AUCAAAAAUAAGGCAAACGUUGGUGAAACGUUUUCUGCGCAUGCACCAAAUUUAUUAGCCAAUCAAUAGCUGCAGCGGGCAACAUUGUGAUUUUAUCGGCUAAAAUAAUAAAUUGUACCGUGAAGAAUAAUAAUGAGAGCUAAUAUGGACAUGCCGUGCAUGGAGCUGGCCCUUGAGGGGGAACGACUCUGCAAGAUGGGAUGUUGCCGGGAAGGGGUAGAGUAUUUUGAGGCUGCUGUCAAAGUGGGAACAGAUGAUUUGAAGACGCUAAGUGCAAUCUACAGCCAACUGGGAAAUGCUUACUUCUACUUGCAAGAAUACGGAAAAGCACUCGAGUACCAUCGUCAUGAUCUGACGUUAGCCAGCACAAUUGGUGAUAGACUCGGAGAAGCCAAGGCUAGAGGUAACCUUGGCAACACACUGAAGGUUCUUGGGAAAUUUGAUGAAGCUGUGAUGUGUUGCCAAGGGCACCUUGACAUCUCCAGGGAAUUAGGUGAUAAGAUGGGUGAGGCUAGAGCAUUGUACAACCUUGGGAAUGUAUUCCAUGCAAAAGGCAAGCAUUCUAAUGGAAGCGGACACCAAGAUCCUGGAGAUUUCCCGCGGGAUGUCAAACAGAGCCUUCUCACAGCUAUCGACUACUAUGAAGCAAACCUUAAACUUGUGAGGGAGCUUGGAGAUCGUGCAGCCCAGGGGAGAGCUUGUGGUAACCUUGGUAAUACCUACUACUUACUAGGAGAUUUUGAUGUUGCUAUUAAGUACCAUGAAGAGCGAUUAUUUAUUGCAAAAGAAUUUGGCGAUAAAGCAGCAGAAAGACGAGCAUACAGUAACCUUGGUAAUGCUCAUGUUUUCAAAGGUGAAUUUGAAACAGCUGCAGAUUAUUACAAGCGAACAUUACUGAUUGCAAGAGGGCUUGCGGACCAGGCUAUAGAGGCCCAGGCCUGCUACAGUCUUGGUAACACAUUCACGUUGUUGAGAGACUUCGAGCAGGCAGUUGAGUACCACAUGAGGCAUCUGCAUAUCGCUCAACAUGUAAAUGACAGAGUUGGAGAAGGACGUGCAUACUGGAGUUUAGGCAACGCAUACACAGCUUUAAAAAAAUAUGAGAAAGCAAUUCAGUAUGCAUCAUUCCAUUUGGAAAUUUCCAAAGAGGUCGGCGAUAAAACUGGGGAAAUCAUUGCUCAGAUGAAUUUAAGUGAUCUCACAAGACUGGUAGGAAAUGGUUUUAGGAAUGAAGAGAGAAAUGGAAGUAGCAUCUGUAGCAGAGAAGAUGACGGUAAACCAAGAAGACGCAGCAUGGAGAAUCUUGAACUAGUACGAAUGACACCAGAAAAGAAUUCAUCAGAGAAACCUAAUAAAGACCAAGUUGACGGGAAGCCGAAAGGAGCGCGGGUGAAGGAGAAGAGCAGUAAAGAAAAGUUAGUGCAUGCGGGAUCUAAUAAUAGCAUCGGCGCUAACAAAGCAACAGACCCAGGACAAGUCACGGUUAAUCUAAAGCCCCCUAGGAAAUACUCAUCUCCUGAUUUUGAUGACAGCUUUUUUGACCUCUUAAGUCGUUUCCAAGGCAACCGUAUGGAUGAACAGCGAAUGUCGUUGCCAAAGUCAAAUUCAUUGGAUAAAUGUGACACAUCAGAUGAGGGCAAGGAGGAAUUGAUGAAUAGUAUAGCAAAAUUCCAAGGCAAACGAAUGAAUGAACAGAGAAUGCACGUAGCCUCUCUGCCUGGUCUGCGUGGAAAGGAUGAGGAACUCCUUAGCAAGUUAAAAGAGGCAUCGUCAGUUCCCGACGACGACUUUUUUGACAUGUUGAUACGCUGUCAGGGUACAAGGAUAGAAGAUCAACGUACAGAUGCCCCUGAACGCGUGCGAGCUCCCACUGUACCUGAUGAAGACUUCUUCUCACUAAUCUCUCGUGUACAAUCACAGCGAUUAGAAGAACAGAGGUGCGAUCUUCCAGAGUCAUUGUCACGCGAUAUGAUUACAGAUGAGAAAUAGGUACACAUCCUUCCUCGGUAUCUAUAUGAUACUUUGCAAUUUGUAAAACUCAUAUGAGAAAAACAUAUUUUGCUAUAUAAAAAAAAUAAGAAAGCGGUGGUAAAGUAAUAACUAUGUAGAAAUGAGAAGUAACAGCUUGAAAAAUUAUAUGAUGUUUUAUAUCAUGAACGACGUCCUGUUACGAUAAUUUCUGACAAAGGCAUCAAUUGUUUAUAUUACUAUGUACAUAAUGCGAGUGUGAUGUGUAUUUUAUUUUAUGUUGUGUAUUCAUUUGUUUGUAUUAUAUUUUGUCUACAAACAUUCUUAAUUUGUGCCAUUAUAAUUCAUUCCAUUGAUGUGGAAAUUUUAUCAACUGUUUGCAGGUACUGUUCUUUGAUAGUCUGCAGUUCUUACCAAAAAAAAGUGAGGGCGUCCUUGUAAAGAUGGUGUAUUUUUUUCUAUAAGGAGAAUAUAAUAUUUUAAAACCACCUACACAUUUUUUCUAAUGCAUUUCCUCAGAUCAUCUUUUUUUUAAUAUUUUCAUUAUGUAAUAUUUCACCUUCAUGUGUAAUAUUGAUUAUUUUUCUUGAUAAACCAGUCAUAUUUGUUUGCUAUUUAUUAAGUUGGUAUUUUUAUGGAUUAAGUUGUGAUUCAGUGUUUUGUUGAUUAAUUUCUAAUCACAAAUUGUUUUUAACAUUCUACUCAUACCAUUGCUGAACAAUUCCAGUUGUCAAAUAAUAAUUUGAAUAAAUUCAUCCAAAAACAAUGAACAAACAAUAAUAAACAAUAAUAAUUAUAAUAGAACUUCGGAUCAUCAUAAUCUUUAUGAUUAUAAUUAUUAACUAUGAUGAUGAGGAGUUAUGAUAUCAGAAUUAAGAUGAUAAUCAUGGUUAUGAUCAUGUGUUAUUAUGAUUCUUAUUAUCAUUUGUACAUCACAUGAUUAAAAUUAUAGGUUAUUAUCAAAAGUUAUUAUUUUCAUGAUACAAAAUAUGUAUUAUCAUGAUGAUCGCCAUGCAGUUAUGUUAUGAUCAUCAUGAGUUAUUAUGAUUACGAUGACCAUAUGUUAUGAUGAUAAUAAUCACAUGUUAUCUUAUUGUGUUAUUGUGAUGGAUAAUUGUCAUCGACAGCAGCAUAACAAAUAAUAGUUAAGAUGUUUAUAAUAUUGGUAGGGAAGACAAAUGUGAUGUCUUUGAUUGAUGAUCAUGAUAAUUGAGACACAAUCUAUGCAUAUGCCUCACAAGUCCUUUGUUUGAAUAUAGACUAAGAUCAUAAUCACUGCAGCCAUGUCUGUCUUGUUUAAUCUGUAAGUAUCAAGAAUAUUUACAAUGCAUUGUGGAAUUGCAUCAGGUAUGGCAAAAAAUAAUUCGGUCAUGUAACACGUAUCUUAUCUCCAGUUUACUGUCUAGUCCUACAAACAAAAAGUAUGUCCUGUUACAUUCCACAUAACUUGUCUCAGUUGUAGCAUUAUGUAGGACUGGUGUCAUCCUCUUUCUUUUAAGUGUGGCUGUCACUUUGGCCAUUUUGUAUUCAGAAAACGUUUUAAGUGAACAUGAAGACAUCACCAAUUUAACACCUCGUUCUCACAAAAGAAGAGUUUUUACACGUAAUAUAUAAAUAUGUGACCCUCCACUACAUAAUCAAGUAUUGUUGCACCUCAUGUCAAAUUAUGAUAAUAGCUAAAAUAUUAGUUUGAUAUAUCUGACAAAUACUGUAGAUAAUAAGUAAUCUAUGAAGCAAAAGUUCUAGAUAGAAAAAUUGAGAAAAAAUAUUUGAGAAUAAUCACAUGUAAAUUUUGACUUGUUAUUAAUUCUAUAGAAAGAUGCAGCCCUUGUGCUAGUAACUAGGACUUUACAUUGAUCUUACUGAAACCAAGUGACAACCUCAAACCACACUGAAGAAUUACAACAAAUGAAACAAUUCAUAUUUACUUUCAGAAAUACGUACAGCCUCAGCAUUAAAAUUUGUCACUAAUAGAAGGGAGACAUAAUAAAAUAAAAAAUUUAUAUUUUUAUCUAGUUUACAAUAUAUCUAUAGUUGAGGCUGUUCUCAUUGAGAGGUUUGGAGCAAAUUGAAUUAUAGAAGAUUGUCCUGCACCAAGAUCUCACCCAUUAACAUUUACUAUAUGUACAACCGGUCACUCGCUGCAACGUACUCGUACGACAAUCCAACUCCAAUCCCUAUGUAUUACACUCGCAAAAAUUAUGAAUGAAAUUUUAACCAAUUUUCAGUUGUAUUUUGGUGUAUCUUGUUUUACAUUUUUGUGUUAUACUUGUUGUACAUUAAGGAUCAUUUGUAUAAUGUUCAUGUUAAAACUGUUUAAGAUUGUGUUAUGUAUAAAAUUUUGAUUUACUCAAAUCAAUACAGAAUACAAUUAAUUAUUAAUUAAACCACUAAUAUAAUAUUUUAGAGAUAUGUAUGCAUAAAUUAAUUAAUUUAAAACUAGAUAAAGUGUAAACUUCAUGACAACAUUUAUUUUUUUAUUUUGUCUAAAAUUCAUGGCGUGUUCACUUGUAUAAAAUGAAUUCCAAGUUUAGUAAAUGAGGAUUGUUUAGAAUUUUUUUUGUGAAAUUUAAGUUCAGGUGUUGAACCAAGGAUGCAAUUGUUGUGUAAUUGAUGAACUUUAUAUAAAAUACAUAUAUGUAAAAUUUUAAUUCCAUUCAUAUAUGUAUUGGUUAUCUAAUAUAUAUUAUGUUAAUUCUUGUAAGUAUAAAGUUAAUGUAUGCUAUUAAUACAUAUUUUGUUAAUGUGUGUUAUGUAAUAUAUAUUAAGUAUUUUAUAAUAUAAUGUAUGUUGUAUGUUGUACAAUAUACAUUAUGUUAAUAUAUUUUACAUAAUAUAUAUAUUGUUGCAUGUAUUUUAUGCCAUGUUUAUUAAAUCAUGUAUGUAUAUUAUUAUUAUAAUUGGAGAUGUAUGUGACCGAAUGUAGGUGGUAAAAUAAAGAUGGUUGAUGUUUGUUGAGGAUAUGCAAUAUUAUGUAUACAUACACGUGAUAUAAUAGGUAAUAACACUUGCACAUACAUUCUCUGAGGUAUAUUUAAUGAGUAUCUGCAUUGCCCAUGCGUAUAUAACAAAUGUGAUUCCAGAUUUAUUUAUUUUUUAUGAUUAUAAUGACCAAAUGGCCAUUUUGCCCUCAAUUAUGUUCACAAGAUUGAAAAAAAAAACAUUUUAUAAAACAUUUGUGACAGGCUGUCAAAGCAUAAGUGCACCAGCCGAAUUUCAAUUGCUAUUACUGUACAAAUAAGCAGUUUUCUGUUGCAUUUUUUUUUUUUUUCUUGCAAUAGAAAACUUAAUUUCUAAACUGUUUUAAUGAAUUUGUUUUAUGUGAGAAGAUGAUAGUCGUAAUGAUUGUAAAACACCGCAGUUUGUGUUUGCCUUGCGAGACACAUGUAUAUCUAGUAAUUUUAGAAUGUAUCUAUACAUAAGCAUUUUUUAGCGAGGGAAUGUGUGUGUAAACGUGCUUGUCUGCGUGUGUGUGUCAAUUAAUUCACUCGUAAAAUAUUGAAUUCAAAUUGAUUUGGAGGCAAGAAGAUUAGAAAGGUUCUUGGAGCAUAAUUUGCAUCGUGUAUGAAAUGUAAAACCUCGGUAAUUCUAAUUUUUAUAGGUAGUAAAUUUUAAAGUUGUCUAGAUUGCUUAUGGACUUGUAUUUUAGACAGCCUUAAAAACUACAACAAUUCACCACACACAUCUUCGCGUGUAAUUUUCACGUGUCGAUGUGUGUAAUUUGUAUGUGUCUAUUUGGCUUGCAAAAUCUGUAUGUAAUUUUGUUGAAUCUUCAUGAAAAAUGUACAGAUUUUACUUACCGGUAGGCUUUGUUUAAGUAAGGAACCCAAUUUACAUGGCAAAAUUCAAUGCACCUGUGCCCAACUUCUUCCACGUAAACUGGGUGUUCUUGCUCGAGUGUCCCUGUCAGGGCAGUACAUAGUUAUCUACACCAUGUGUGGCUAAUAAAUUAUGUAUUGAUGUACAUGAUGUAAAUAUAUUCAAAAGGAUACAUUACCGAUGAUAUACCACCUCCAUUAUAUUUUUUUUUUCUGUUACAAUGUUCUGAUACAUUUAUUAUCUAGUACUGUAUAUCAUUUCAAUCGAUUUAUUAAUUACUGUGUUUUUUAAUACACCACCUCCAGAUCUAAUAAAAUGCCAUCAAAAUGGUUGUAUAUAACCUGUUAGA